CAAAUGUACUGUAACUGGAAGUGAAUAAUUUUCAACAUUCCCAGGACUGCUGCAGACUGGGCAAGAAAUUGGAACCACGAGGAAGUCGCUCAGUUCAUUGAAUCUUACGGGUACGUUGUUGGGCAUUGUUUGAAUGAGUUUUGUAAAUUUCGAAGGUUGUUUCAAUACAUCAUCAUGACAAUGUGACAGGUCUAUGGCUAUCUCUCUUCUUACAGAUCCCAGCGAGCAAACCAAGUCGAUGACGUGAUACUUGAGCAACAAUCAGAACAACUGAACAAUGAAAGUAAAGAGUUGUUAAGUCUUUAUCAUAAGACCUUUGAUGAUGACAAGGUGAUUUGCGGCUUAAGAAUUUUGUGUUGUACUUGUAGCAAAGUUGUUCUAACAAGUCUGAUACAGUCAUGGUAUAACAAGAAUAUUACAAGGUUGUUCUAACAAGUCUGAUACAGUCAUGAUAUAACAAGAAUAUUACAAGGUUGUUCUAACAAGUCUGAUACAGUCAUGAUAUAACAAGAAUGUUACAAGGUUGAUGACACCUUGAUGUAACAAUAUUGUUAUAUCAUGACUGUAUCGGACUUGUUGGUACAGCAAGGUUGUUACAAGUUGUUAACAGCUUGUUUCAAACUUGUUGUGAGAUUACUUAUUAGAUAUAUUUUGGGUUCUCUGGGACCGCUCCCCAUCUAUAAAACUCUCACAUUACUGAUAUCCGAUAUGGAAUUACACAGUCCGAAAGCACAAAUCGUUAGAGCAAAGAGAUAGUUUGCGAUAUUUUCCAGAAACUAAAACAAGUGUUGUGAAAAUCAUGAGCGUGAAGGAGUUUGCAUAACUGAUACAAAAUCAUGCUGAUUUACAUAAACUUUAUCUUCAAUUUCAUUGGUUUAUCUUAAAUUGUUGAAGAUAGUACUUAUAGUAUUGUCGUUCAACAUACACGGCCUUAUUACCGAAUAAAGCCACAAUAAAGAAAUAGUGGCAAAAAAGAUUUAGUAUUAGGAUGUUAGGGUUUGUAAUCCAAGUGAGAAUAUAUACAUUUUAAGACCUAACCAGGAACGACUGCGAAAAUUGCAGCACAAGAUCCUCUGGUAGGAAUUGAACCUACGGCCCUGCGAUUCCGGUGCAGCGCUCUAACCAACUGAGCUACAGAGGCCAGCUGUUGAGCUGUAACCGUAAUUUCAUGUAUAUAUAGGUAAUCGGGUGUGCUAAUAGGUAAUAGGUAAUCGGGUGUGCUAAUAUUGAUUCCACCAAGUGAAGUGCAGAAUCUAAGUUUGGCAGAAAAUUUAGUUGUCAUGUUUUUGUACAUUUCAGGUUGAUUUAGCUUUGAUAUUUAAUCUACUGAAAUACAUAUGUGGUUCUGACACAUCCGGUAAGCACACUUUAUUUAUAUUUUACUUUGUCUCAAGGUAGACGAUUUUACUUGUAGCGAGAGAAGAAAGCGUUGAGCUUUAAUGGGUUGAGCAAGCCAUUUGCUAACCGAACCAGUAUCUGAAUGGAUUAUUGCAUCCUAACUCUCUACGAAGCAGAGGUAUGAUUGAUGCAAAAAAUGCGCUGUGGCAGUGUUUUUGACUUGCAGUUGGUAUUUCGUUCCAGGAGCUGUGCUGGUGUUUCUUCCCGGCUACGAUGAUAUCAUUACACUUAAGGAUCAAUUGAGUUCCUCGAAAGAGUUUGGAAACACCAGAAUGUGAGUGGACUCCAAGGUAGCACAAUUCAGAAGUAGUAAAGCUGUCCAGUAUAAAUAGAUAGUUUAAAUUUCCUCCUGUUGUAACAAUGGAACAAUAAGAAAUUAUUCUACUUGUCUUCUAGGAAGGACAGUUUCGGACUGAUAAACGUAUUCAGUAUGUUUGUUAAUUGAGAACAACGAUAAAUGAACAACGAUAAAUGAGUCUUGUACUGGACUCCUAGGAAGAACAGUUUAUAACUGGAUUAGGUUUCCUCCUGCAUGUAGUAACACUGGAUCGAUAAGCGAUAAUCUUUGUUCCUUACUGGGCCUCUGGGGAGAACAGUUUAGAACUGAUAGAGCUAUCCAGUAUAAAUAAAGUUAGUUUAGUUUGGAUUUCUUCCUGUAUGGUAACACUAGAUCAAUAAGGGGUGAUCCUUACUGGACUUCUAGAGAGAACAGUUUGGAACUGGUAGAGCUAUCCAGUAAAAAAUGAAGUGUAAUAGACUUGGUUUACGUGACUGAUAGUAAAUAACUGUAACUUUUCGUCCUUAUGACAAAUAUUAUUGCAUUUACCUAGGUUUCACAUAUGUUGUCUCCACUCAGCUAUGCAGCCUUCUGAGCAGAAGAAAGUAAGUCGUUCGGUUUCUUAGAGCCCAUCAUACUGUAGUUGUACAUUUUUUAAUUGUAACAUAUUGGUAUUAAAUUCAUAGUCUCUCAAAAUGUAGUUUAAUAAUUUAUUUAUUUAUUUUUAGGCCUUCCGCAAAAUGUCUGAAGGUACUAGGAAAAUUGUAAGUGCAUAAUUAUACUUCUCUCUGUGCAUCAUACAUGUAUGUAAAUUUCUAAAUUCUGAUAUUCUUUGUGUAUUUUUAAUGAUAGAUUUUGUCAACGAAUAUCGCUGAGACGAGUGUAACGAUUGAUGACGUCGUGUAUGUGAUCGACAGUGCCAAAGUUAAAGAGGUACUACUUUCGUUAAGGCCCUGUCACACUAUUGCGUAUGAGAGAAACGUAUGAGAAGCGUAUGAAAAUUAGUAUAGGUAAUCAUGCGAUGGCGAGUACAAUUAGGGAUUAAUAGUACGAGUGAUGUUUGGACAUUUUGCCAAAAUUGGACGAGCCGCCGAGGCGAGUCCAAUUUGGCAAAUUUCCAAACAUCACGAGUACCAUUAAUCCCUAAUUGUACGAGCAACAUCGCAUGAUUACUUGUUUAUUAUUAGCAUGACAAAAUUGGAUACGUACUUCUCAAUGUCAACAUCAUAUAUUCUCUCGCCAAAGGCCAGUCCUGCCAGACUUUCAACCAAAAUUUGGUGCUUUUGUUUGUAUUUUCAUUUAGUUCUUUUGUUCAAGCACAAUUUGGUGCUUUUGUUCGUAUUUUCAUCUAGUUCCUCCACGGCAAUUUCAUUUCACGCUUGUGUUUAAAAUACCUUUCCGCCAUUUUGUUUGUUUUGGGAAAAUCAUUCAUUGUACUGCAGUACAAUUAAUGAAAUAAUUGUACUCCUCUCAACCAAUCAGCAUCCAGUAAUUUUGUCAUGCUAAUAAUAAAUGAAAUAAUUUUCGUACGCACAAAAAUCCUUUGAAAUGCCAGCGUAUGAGUACCAUACAUCUGGCGUAUCUCUAGCGUAUUCAGCGUGUGCCUAGAGUAUGCUUAUCGUAUAAAGCAUACGUCCGAUACGCACAAAAUUUUUGAACACGCUCAAAAAAAUGUUCUGCCUCGCCGUAUGCCAGCGUAUGCCACCGUACGCGACCGUGCUUGAAACUUAUACAACCUAUGCCUAACAAUUAACUGUGGCCUAACGUACCCCUAGCGUAUGGCAGCGUAUACCGGCGUAUGAAUGAUAUUUUUCAUACGCUAGUACGAUACGCAAUAAUGUGACAGGGCCUUUAGAAUUCUUGUUCAUUUUGGUGAAAAAAAAAACAAACUGAUAUAGUUCAAUGUACAUCACCCAGAUUUUAUAUCAGACACACAAGCUCGUGAAGGUUAUGAAUCGUUUUAUGAUCAUUUUGUGAGGAAUCAUAUAGUAUCCACACAUACAGUAUAACACUAGAAGAUAAAUGAUCUGCAUUCCUCCGAAACCAAAGCUUAAUCUAGGCAAAAGAAGUUUUACAUUUUCUGGAACAUUACUUUACCAUACACUUCCAAAUAGAACAAAGAAUGCUACAACCUUGUCCAUCUUUAAGCAUCUUUGAUAUUGAUAUUGUAAUCAUACUUUGGAUUUUAUACGUACAUGAUUAUGGAUAAUAUUUUUAAUAAUGUAAUGGUAGGUAAAUUAGUCUUGAUUAUUGUAACUAUUUUGUUACAUGCAGAGCCCCUAUAUAUAAGUGUACCAGACAUUGUGCUGACUGAGCUACUCUGCUAAAAAAUAAAGUCUUCUAUCUUUCUUUGUACUCUUUAUGUGCUAUCAUAAUGGAAAUUAUAAAUAUUGAUAUAAAUAUUUUCUCUAGAAAUCAUUCGAUGCUCUGUCCUCCGUCUCGGCACUAGAAACAGUAUGGAUCUCGAAAGCAAGCGCUGUGCAACGCCAUGGAAGGUAUUUUUUGUUUCAUGAUUUCAAUGUCAUUUUCUUUUUGAUAUGAUGAUUGAAUCGUCUGGUAGAAAUAUACACAAUGGCUUGUCCUUAGAUGUAUUUAGUCACCUCAUAUAUUGGCUUUCUUUGUAUAUUAUGGAAGAAAAUUUUUUGUACUGAUGUACUGAUGGUAUAUUAUUUUUCUUUACUUUUCUGACAAUUCCUGUUCUCAAUUUUAAAUACGCAGUAUUCAAUUUUAUGAGGAUAGUCAAAAACAUGCCAGAACCUGAUUGAAGCAUUGCCUUGACUGUGAUGUAGCGAAUGGCGACUUCACUGGCAUACAUGAUCUCAUAUCGUGCAUGUGACAAUUUACAUUUUGUUUGUUAAAGGUUGAAACAUUCUAAUAUCUUUUUACAGUAUAUUUUCUCAUAUUUAUAAAAGAAAUGAAAAGAUUGUAGAAUUGGCAAGAACAUAUACUAUAUGCCACACCAGUCCUGUCAAUUUUAUGGCGUAUACACAAUAUUAUUUUUUUAUUAUUAUUUCAUCCAGGGCGGGACGUUGUUCUCCUGGGGUAUGUUACCAUCUUUGCAGCAGAGUUCGAUAUGACAGCUUGCAAGAUUUUCAAAUUCCAGAAUUACUACGAUUUCCAUUGCAGGUGGGAUAUGCACUGUGCUUCAACGAAUUAAUUUUGACAGGCGAGAUCUCGGUGACCGGGAUGUUUUUCCCAUAUGAACACAACUUUCCAGCUUAGCGGGAUAACUUUUCUGUCGUGCUAGCAACUUUCCAAUUCAAUUGAUCGAUGUUCAGUGCUACGUUACAGCCGGAAAAUUUACCCGGUAAGCGGGAUAACGUUUCUCCACAUGAACAGAACAAAAGUAUUUGGCCAGUCGGAAAGAUUUCUCGUUAACCGGGAUAACUUUUGCCCAUAUGAACAAAUCCUUAGAGAACGCAUACAUUUCUACAUUAAAGAUGCUUGUGAUGUUACUCUGAGUGUAUAUCCACACCGGGCAAGCUUGAAAAAUAUGCCUGACCACAGUGGGAAUCGAACCUACUGUACGAGUCACCUGAGUACAUUACACCAACACAGAAAAAAUCAUGAUUAUUAGAUUACAUUAAUAUCGAAGGAACUAGAUUCUGUUCCGAAUCUACCAGACCGCGGAACUCAGUUGGCAGAGCAUUGGGCUAGUAUUCCAAAGGUCGUAGGUUCGAUUCCCACCGUGGUCGGGCAUAUUUUUCAAGCUUGCCCGGUGUGGAUAUACACUCAGAGUAACAUCACAAGCAUCAUAAGCCACUCGGUAAUAUUUUGUUCUGUUUUAGGAGUUAUGCCUUCACACAAAGCUCCUAGCUGGACCCACGACCUCGAUAGCGGAUUUCCUUUCCCGAGCUCCAGAGCCCCCACCUUAUCUUGUGUUACGUAAUGCGGUGGAAACUCUCAAAGUAAGUUAGAUAGAAUACAGAUCCUUUUCCACUCAGGAAAAUUUUCCGCAGAAGGAGAAUUUUGUAAAAUGUGAUUGGCCGACACAAAUUUUGCAACUUGUAACGAUGAUAUUUUUGGAAAAUUUUCUGUCCGUGGAAAUUUUUCUUCAGGGGAAAUGGGUCUUAAAAGAUGAGAAACACAAAACAAUAGAAUGAUUAUUGAUGCUGCAGUGAAAUUGACGGCAUAUUCAACUCAACUCAACUCAAUUUAUUUUGCCAUAAAAAUAAAAAAUUACAAAUUUGUAAUUAGUGGCAGGCAAGGAAGCCCAAGAGAAACCAAAAGGCUUUUGUGUUUUGGGCUACCUUAUAGCAGUCUGAUAAUAUACAGCACUACAGUCUGAUAAUAUAUAGCGCUACAGUCUGAUAAUAUACAGCACUACAGUCUGAUAAUAUAUAGCACUACAGUCUGAUAAUAUACAGCACUACAGUCUGAUAAUAUAUAGCACUACAGUCUGAUAAUAUACAGCACUACAGUCUGAUAAUAUAUAGCACUACAGUCUGAUAAUAUACAGCACUACAGUCUGAUAAUAUAUAGCACUACAGUCUGAUAAUAUACAGCACUACAGUCUGAUAAUAUACAGCACUACAGUCUGAUAAUAUACAGCACUACAGUCUGAUAAUAUAUAGCACUACAGUCUGAUAAUAUAUAGCACUAUAAGCAAAACUUGCUGAACUUCAGACAUCAUUUUCUCUUAAGACAUCAUUUUCUCGUACGAUCUAAAAUCUCUUCGCUUUAGCAUAAUUUUACAGAUAAAGUACUAAACAUACUUUUUAAGUUUGUUUGCCGCUUGAGAAACGUAUCAAAAAUUUAAAAAAUGAGUAUAUAUAUAGUCAUACCAAGUGGAAAAGUAUAUUCAUUAGUUUUGAGCGUGUGUUACGUGACAUACAAAAGAUUCUCCUCUUACAUAAAACUUAUUUUAUUUCAGGCGAUGGAUGCGUUAGAUCAGUGGGAAGAUCUUACUGAUCUUGGUAAGAUUUUUCCUUGCUAAUUUUCGUAUGUUUCACUAACCUAUCAUAAUCUCAGCGUUCUCCUGCCGUAACCAAAAUCAGGGAUGCUUUGUCCUCCGUCUCGGCACUAGAAACAGCCUGCCGUAACCAAAACUCUCCUGCCGUAACCAAAACCAGCACAUGUGAUGUCGUGGUCACCAUGCUUGCUUUCAAGCUGGGAGAGCAGGGUUCAAUCCUUGGUCGGACCUCUACUCAAGCUCUUAAAAUAAUUGAGUGGGGAGAGCUACCUUUACAUUGACAUCAGUAAAUGGUUAGACUUUGCGUCUUCUCGGAUAAGGACGUUAAAUCGUAGGUACCUCGGAUCCCCUAUCAAUUGGCAAUAGCCUGUUGGGAAAUCCACUCUCUGAUGAGUGAGAAACUGAACUGAACUGAGCUGAGCUGAGUCGAACUGAACUGGACUGAACUGGACUGAACUGAACUGAACUGGACUGGACUGAACUGAACUGAACUGAACUGAACUGGACUGAACUGAACUGAACUGAACUGGACUGAACUGGACUGAACUGAACUGAACUGGACUGGACUGGACUGGACUGAACUGGACUGGACUGGACUGGACUGAACUGAGCUGGACUGGACUGAACUGAACUGAACUGAACUGAGCUGAACUGAACUGAACUGAACUGAACUGAACUGAGCUGAACUGAGCUGAAUUGAACUGAACUGAACUGAGCUGAGCUGAACUCGGGGCCGUCUGAAAUUCAGGCUACAGUGGAUCAAGAAGAGUUAGCUGGAUUUUUUGUUAUGGAAGUCGGUUUAGUUUAGGUUUCCUCCCGUAUAGUAACACUGAACCGACAAGGGAUGACGCUUAGGAUGGUAAAGCUAUUCAGUAUGAAUAAAAUGAGUUUAAUAUAAAUAUUUCUAUUUUUCCAGGUCGUCUACUGGCGGAAUUGCCUGUCGAACCUCGCCUGGGGAAGAUGAUAUUGUUCUCAAUUGUGUUGAAAUGCCUGGAUCCUGUCGUUGUGUUGGCGUGUGCCAUGGCAUACAAAGACCCCUGUAAAUAUUACACUUUUGUUGUUGAUUUGUGAUAAAAAGGAGAUAUGACGCCUUGUUUCCUAUCAUCAAACUACACAAGUAAAAACGCACAAGUUGUUACAGGUCUGCAAACAAGUUGUCACAAAUCUGUUCACAAGCUGUCGACAAGUUGUGUUCGCACUGCUUGUUCCCAGUUGUUGUAACAAGUUUUAUGGAACAAGUGUUAACAACUUGUAGCAAGCUUGAUGGCAUUAUCAGAUUUGUAGAAAAGUUGUUCUAACAAGUCUGAUACAGUCAUGAUAUACGAAGAAUGUUACAAGGUUGAUGACACAAGGUUGUAAUAAUAUUGUUAUAUCAUGACUGUAUCGGACUUGUUGGAACAACCUUGCAACAAGUCUGAUAAUAUCAACAAGUUUGUUACAAAUUGUUAACAGCUUGUUCCAAACUUGUUGACAACUUGAGACAAGCAGUGCUAACACAACUUGUUGACGGUUUGUUGGCAGUUUUACGCGUGUGUAUAACUCAGUUCCAUUGGACUAGUUAUUGCAUGUGUUUUUCGCCUCUCAGGGACAAAGUUUUAUUCCUGAAAAAAACCAGUUAUGAAUGUAAUUUUAUGUUUCUAGUCAUUCUGCCAAUUGAUUCGGCCGACAAGCAUUCCUUGGCUCAACUGAAGAAACGUUUAGUUGGACAGUCUUACAGCGAUCAACUUGUGGUCCUCAAAAUAUUUAGAGUAAGUAUUUUACUUCAAGCAAGUAGACGUAUUUGGCCAACAUUUGUAAACAACGCUCGCCAAAUGUGUUUAUUGUACAUGGAGGUAUUAAUAAAAACUCUUUCUGUGUCCCUUUAUUCGCCGAUAAAUAAAAUAUUUGAUUUCUUAGGGUUGGCAGAAAGCUCAUGGUGACGGGUGGGAUAAGAAUUACUGUAAGAAAAAUUUUCUCUCGCCUGGCACGAUGGAAAUGAUGGCGGGAAUGAGGUGAGUGUAUUGAUCUCAUUAAUAGACUGGAUAUACAUACCCAAUCUUCACUGCCCUGGACGUGUAGUAAUAGCAAAUUGAACUCAGAGGUAAUGGGCAGCCGUAAUGUGUUAGAAAGUUUCUCAGUUUGUCAGUGGAAUUUCUAUAGGAGAUGCUUUAGUGUCAAACUAUUUUUUCCAUGUUUUCGAACUUUAUUGUGUUCUACAUUAGGUCUCUUAUUCUUGGCCAACUCAAGACAAUGGGAUUUGUACGACAACGUGGCUCCAGUGACAUGAGAGAUCUCAACACGAAUUCCGGGAACUGGGCUAUCGUCAAGGUACGCAAUUAGUUUCUUGGUACAAAAUAUUUUUACCGGAAACGUUGUGUCUAAGGUACCUGGAAAAAACGUACACUGGACCUCCACUUUCGAGAUAUCUUUUCCAGGUAGUUCAGACACAAACCACCACAGCUUAUUCUAGAAUACUACCUACACUGGACCACCACGUUUGAGAUAUCUUUUUCAGGUAGUUCAGACACAAACCACGGCAGCUUAUUAUCAAAGACCUAAAAUGGAACCCUACGUUUGUUUAUUAAAACUGUUUCAUAUUUGUUUCAUUUUCAGGCUGCCUUGUGUGCUGGACUGUAUCCCAACCUAGUGUAUGUUGACAGGAAGGCCAAUAAACUUGCCACAAAGUAAGUCAUUACCAUACGUGUUAAAUAACAAUUUAAGUAGUAAAAUAUGUGUAUUCUCUCAUCUGCUCCCCCCUCCAGUUGCAACCGGCAGUUUCAAAUUCGGACUCCAUCAGCGAUCUGAACACAACUGUUUUUGGUUCAUUUAUAGAAAAGAAAAGAAAAUUCGUUUGCAUCAUUCAACAACACUAUUUACUACAGCAGAAAGUAAGAAAUCUCUGGCCAAGUCCCACGCGGCAGCCAUUGAAAAAUUGCCUGCUGAAUGGCUGUUUUAUGAAGAAAUGUCAAGGUAAGUUUAAUGGAAGAUUCGCAUGUGUAAUUAGACAAUUUGAAAACAUACUACGUGUUUGUCAUCCUAUAUUUUGUAUCAGUCUGAUAAUUAUAAUUUCGUCUUGACUGCAUUCUGGGUAGAGUUGAUUCAAAUUUAAGGCAAGGCUAUAAUUGGACCUCUAAAAUAAGCCAUGGCCAUUAUUGAACCUCUAGGGAGAACAGUCUAUACAACGAAGUAAGCUAUUUAGUCUAUCAAGUAAUCAGUAUGAAGAACCAAUAGCCAAACUUUACGUCUUUUUAGGGCAGCGUAUUUCGUUCACGUCAAAUCAUGUUCCCUUGUAUCCCCACUUACCGUGGCUCUCUUCUCGGGUCCCUGUCUAUCCUCCGACAAAAUCGACGCUCGUCCCGAGGCCACUCAUGGCAAUCGCGCGGUCACUUAUGAAGGAGUACUCAGUGAAAGCAGUGACAGCGAGAGUGAAAGUCCUGGGAACGAGGAAUCUGUAAAGAAUACUGUUCUGAUGAAGAUUCAUGAUUUCGUGCAGUUUAAUGAAAAACCUGAGGUGAGCAUUACAGAGUUAUGUUGGAGGAACACUUGUUAUCGUGGGCAGGGCUCAAAAUAAAAACAGGUCAACGAUGACCGGACAACGUACCGGCCAAAAUUGAUCGGCCACUUUUUUACCUCAUUGGUCAUUUAGACCAGCCGCAUUUUCAUGCCUUCCAAUGUGAUUGCUGACGUCUUGAAUUAAAACAUGAAACUAUAAUGUAUCGAAACAAGUUUCUAACAGUUUGUUUCAUUGUUAGUGUAAGCGUAUCAGCGACCUGUCAAAACAGACCGGUCACCACUGUGACCAGGAUUCGAUCUCUGCAAUAUGAAGUUGCUUUAAUUAUAAUCUCGCGUCAGUCACAUGCGAGAAGAGCUCCUGUACACGUGUAAAACAUCUUGUAGCAAGUCUGCCAACGAGCCGUCAACAAGUUGUUUUCGCACUGUUUGUCCCAAAUUGUCAACAAGUAAGGAACAAGCUGUUAACAACUUGUAACAAGCUUGAUGACAUUAUCAGACUUGUUACAGGGUUCUAACAAGUCUGAUACAGUCAUGAUGUAACAAGAAUGUUACAAGGUUGCAAUAUGUUAUAUUGUUAUAUCAUGACUGUAUCGAACUUGUUGGAACAACGUGUGUACACGCGUAAAAACGCACAAGUUGUUACAAGUCUGCAAACAAGUUAUUACAAAUCUGUUCACAAGCUGUCGACAAGUUGUGUUCGCACUGCUUGUUUUUAGUUUUUGUAACAAGUUUGGAACAAGCUGUUAACAACUUGUAACAAACUUGAUGGCAUUAUCAGACUUGUUACAAGGUUGUUGUAACAAGUCUGAUACAGUCAUGAUAUAACAAGAAUGUUACAAGGUUGACGACACAAGGUUGUAACAAUAUCGUUAUAUCAUGACUGUAUCGGACUUGUUGGAACAAUCUUGCAACAAGUCUGAUAGUAUUAACAGGGUUGUUAGAAGUUGUUAACAGCUUGUUCCAAACUUGUUGACAACUUGGGACAAGCAGUGCGAAUACAACUUGUUGACGGCUUGUUGGCAGACUUGCUACAAGAUGUGAGAGUUUUACGCGUGUAGCUGUCUCAAUUUGAUUCUGGAGUUAUCCAGUACAAAUAUAGUUCAUUGUAGCAAGGUGGAUUUAGACAUUCGUGAUAUUGAGCUUCAAAGUAAACAUGCAGCCCAACAAAAGACUAUAGUUCUAAGGUCUUUACAGUAUUUAUUUAUAAAUCUUGUUUUCAGCUGGUUCUGUUGGUGCAAUAUUUGCGUCACAAGUUGCAGGCUCUUGUUGUUCGAAGACUCAAGUCUCCGUCCCGGCCUUUAUCACAAGUCGAUGAGGUACAAAUUUGUUUGUCCAUUCCUAUUUCUGCUUUUCGUUUAGUUUAACGUAUUCGUUCCUACCGCUAUGAGGACAUAAUUAUGACUGAUACAAUAGAAAUACUAUAAAUACAGUCACAAUCUGGUGAUCGGAUGUUGCAUUGUCUUUUCAUUGUUUUAAAACUCCUAUUGUUCUCCAUGCCAUCCGACACUCGUUGUUUUGACAUAUUUGUGACGUUAUUUAAAAGGUUUAUAGCGACUGCUUGUGUCAUUAUUUAGACUGUGCUGAGAACAAUUGUAAAUGUUUUGACCAUACAAGAGGAAGCUUUGGGUAUAGAUCAACAAUUUCAGAGGACACAGCGAACUUGGAAGACUGGUAUUUUU